AUUAUGGCGUUAAAAAUUUCGAUUUUUCACAUCCUAUAAUGGAGAAGUUGGGCUUGCUGCGCAAGACUGUUAUGUCAGACCUGCAAUAUGUUUGGCAAAAUCGUAUCGUUGAUAUUGCCGCACAAAUCUUGGCUGAUCUCCUGAAUCGUUGA